AUGUGUGUGUUGGGUCCUGGCAGGAACCUCUCAUUCACCGAGUGCAGUACAGUGCGCUGGCAUUGGGGCGCAAGUGAAGUUUGUUUUGUCUUUUUUUUUUUUUUCAAAAAUUUUUCUUUUUUUUUUGUGGUUGUUGUGUGUUUAGUAUCUGCAAACGUGGAAGAUUUUUGUGCGAAAGGCAUGAAGGGUUACGCUCGGCUUGGCCUGUUUGUCUUAUUUGCGUCUUGUGUUGUGUGUGAGGUGCUGUGCCCAUACACAAAGGUAGAGGAAAGCUUUGGCAUGCAGGCAAUGCAUGACUUUAUUUUCUGUCCAGCUCCGGACUGUUGGGAUCAUCAUGAAUUUCCGGGAGUGGUCCCACGAACGUUUGUUGGCCCAUGGAUUGUCGUUGCCUUGACGUUGUUGAUUGUUACACUCGUGGUGGAGCCCAUCGGUACAGUCGUCAAAUAUACUUUUCUUCAUGCGGGGUUUUUAAGCAACAUAAUGGAUAAUAAGAAGUGGAUUGUGGAGCAUCCAUUCUUCCUGGAGGUGACCGCGCCGAAAAGCCCCAUGUUCUUCUCUCACGCGUGCCGUCUUGUUCUGGGGUCGCUGGUGUGUGGCGCCUUGUGGUACGUUGCGACUGGAAUCGAUGAGUUUGAGAAUAAAAUUGUGAAGUCUACUGCGAGGCCAACCCGGAAGCGUUGCUCUGCGUCUUUUAUUUUUUUUCUUUUGUGCAUCCUACAGUUUCAUCUCCUGUUCUACGCGACGAGGGCGCUUCCAAAUACGUACGCGCUCAUUCUGUGCAGUUUGGCAUGCGGGUGUACGUUGCGCGGGAUGCACUAUCAUUCUAUUGCGUUACUGAAUGUCAGCGCUGCGGUUUUUCGCUGUGACACCAUCUUGUUGCUUGGGUCAUCCGGACUUUUUCUGCUUUUACAGCGUGAUGUGACUCUUGUGCGAUCUGCGUUGGUUAGCUUUUUCUCUUUGGUGCUUGCUUUUGGCUGCAGCGUCGUUUUGGACAGCUUCCUGUGGGGUCGUUGGCUUUGGCCUGAAGCCAAUGUGCUGUUUUUUAACACCGUCGAGAAUCAGUCAUGGCGCUGGGGGCGGUUGCCAUGGCACUGGUACGUCACGUAUGCGCUGCCACGAGCCUUUUUGUUUGAGUACAUGCCACUGCUGCUGUUGGUGAGCUUGGCAUCCUGGGAUCUGGGCCGGCGGCUAAUCCAUCUUAUGGCGGCCUUUUGCUCUCGAGCUCCAGCGGCUUCGUUGUUUUCACUGUCACCGUAUUCUCCUUCUUCUUCUUCUAUUCGUGGGGCGUUGUUUUCACUGUGGCUGGACACGGGUGUGCGGUACCGUGCCGUGUUGCUUCCGGCAGCUCUCUUUGUGUUUCUGUAUAGUUUCCUGCCGCACAAAGAGCUGCGAUUUAUUAUGGUGGUUUUUCCGAAUUUUUUGGCGCCUGUGGCCGCUGCUGUUUCUUUGACGUGGAAUGAGUUGAUCGCGAGGGAAGGGGACGGCUCUGCACACGUGAAGGAUGGAAAUGGAAAAACUGUGCUUCAACAACCGGAACGGGGCAAUGCGAGCAAACAGCGGAAAUACAAGCACGUUCGCUAUGAGCAGCGAAUGAAGCGCGUGACGAUGGCCGUAUUCUUGUGCUUAUUUCUCCUGCAGCUUAUGACCGUGGUGAUGUCUGUGUACUUUAGCAUUCACAAUUAUCCCGGUGCGGACGCGUUAAAAAAACUGCAUCAAAUCAUUGAGAAGGAUAUUUUUGAUAACAAUUCAUGUGCCAAUCGCCUGGGCGUGGGGAGUGCGGACCAAACUGUUUCUCUCACGGUAUUCAUUGACGCCUACGCUGGCAUGACGGGUAUUAAUCGGUUUCAGAAGGCACAUCAUCUACAGCCCCCAGGGCAACUUGUGGAUGGGAGAAUAGGGUACCUCCCGUUAUAUCCCUCUUCGCUUAGAGAUCGACUUGUUGCGUUAUUUGCCCUGCCGUUCGUGGCGCUUCUUCAUUUGUCGGAGGGUAUAACUUCUCCACUGGGGCGGUUUCGUGAGUAUCACGACGGGGAUUUAUACGGAACCAUGGGCGGGCCUUCAACAGCCAGUGAUGCCGCGAGUGUAUUUCUGUCCGGGGCCGAUCGGAGGCAACUGCGGGGGGUACAACUGCGUUACACCAAAGAUCCCACUCUCUUUGAUGAGGAGCGCGGCGUGUACAAAAGCGACGGGUUGGACUACUUGUUGGUGCGAUAUUCACAGCGUGAAAUGCACCGUCAACACGGCGUGUUUGAGGAGCUUUUCACUGCGUCAUCGGACUUUUGCUCUCACGUGGCCUAUUGGCUGCGUGGCUUCUGGCCGUGGCGGUGUCAUUUAUUAUUUUUUAACGAAAGGGCUGAGAAGCCAUUCAUUUUGGCUUUGCGUCGACGGUGCAGGGAAUAA